CGUUUGGCUGUGUCUCACCUCUCAACGGACCACAAAGGACAGCAUCGCGUCUCGUUGGAGGUGAGAAGGGCUGGAGGCAGACCAGUAGAUAAGGAGAGAGGCUCAGCAGAAAGUAAUGGCAAUCGAAUGCGUCUAUUCCUGUAUAUUCCCGUCCCUGAUGCAGCAGCACCAGCAGUACACCCGCGGCUUCGGUGAGGCCGAGUUGCGCCGCACAGCCGCAAGGUGGGCAACGCCAGAGGACAUCGCGGCGAUACGGGCGCUCAUCGCGGCACACCGGGACCCCUCUAAGACCGACGCUGAGGUCCACGAGCUCGCCCUGAAGGUCCCACACAUGGGGGUAAGCGGGAUGGGGCAGCAACGAGGGCAGAGAGAGUGUCAGCUCAGCCUCCCAGUCAGUCUCACUACACACAAGUGGAGGGUGACGGCAAUGGAAUGCAUCACAUACCCUCAUUGGUGUGUUGCUUCAGGAAUGCGCCGAGGGCGGUAUCGCCCACCUGACGGGAGUGGAGAUGAGCGACCUGAUUCAGGCGAUGGGGCGGGCGUUCGGUCCGAAGCGCGGUGAGCAGAAGGGGACCAAGACGAUGGACCUCGUCGACGCCAUGGCCCGGCCCUCGAGGGCGGCGGGUGAGGAGGGAAAGACAAGAUCGCAUGAGACUGUAAAAUAGCCAUGUGUGUUAUGCGCCUCCCUCUUUUCGGCCCGACAUUCCCAAGACCAACCCUGUCGUGGCGCUACUGAAUAGGUACGUGAACACGAGACAUAAUAAGGCAGUCAAUCCAAGUGUGUGUACGUCUCCCGCUCUUUGGUGCUUAGAGGCGUAGAUGCUCACCUGGCUUGCGUCUGUGCGCGCGCGCGUGUGUGUGUGUGUAUCGUGCAGAUUGCUGCAGGUCAACCCAGCGGAUCGACUCAAGGCAGAUCAGGCCUUCUUGGACGACGCGUUCAUCGCGGCCCGUGCUCACAAGGCAGGUCAGUCAAUCAGCUUAUGGGCAACACUGAACCACUCCCCACCGCAAGUGUCUCUGUCUUUCUGUGGCUGCUGGUGCUUUCAACAGCUCAAGCUGCUGCUGCCGCUGCUGCCGCCCUCGCACCACAGCCACCAGUGCAGCCGCCUCCUGCAGCCGCACCACAGCACCAGCCGCCUGCAGUCAAGAAGAAGAAGAAGGCCGCGCACGAGAAGGCCGCGCACAAGAAGGCCGCGCACAAGAAGGUCCCGCACAAGCCCAAUAAGGUGUUCAAGAAGAAGCCCACAGGAAGCAGCCACAUCGGGAAGGGGCAGCCGUCGGUCCAGGGCAAGGGCAAGAACGAGGUGGUGGGAGGGAAGCAGACGAGAAAGGCCAUCGCAAAGAAGACACUCGCAGGAGCCAGCCAUGGCGGCGGGAAGGCGCAGCCAUUGGUCAAGAGGAAGGCCGCCAAGGCCAAGGCAGGGGACACGAAGGAGGCUAUCGCAGAGAAGAAAGCCACAGCCACGGUACGAAAGAAAUAGGAUGAAUGGAUGACAGGAUGACAGAGCCACGACAAGGACCAUGGCGAGCUCUGUGUGUGUGUGCGUCUGUGCAGGCUCCUGUUUGUGAGGUCAAGGGCAAGACGAAGGUGCAGGCCAUGCGGGCCAAGGCCGGCGAGGGCUGCGGGUGAGAGACAGACAAGCUGCGGGUGGAUUCCCAUGUAUGUUGUGCGUCUCCAUCCUCUUUUUUCGUCAGAAGACAGACCUUUGAAUCGCCGUCUACAUUUUAUAUUUCGUUGGCUGUGUCUCACUUUGUCAACGGACCUCUUCAGCAGAAGGGAAGACUACUGCAUCAGUGCGGCGUGAGAUUGCGGAGGGGCCGCAGCUGACGGCUGAGCAGAUCGCACAAGAUGGCGAGGGCGAGAGAGGAGAGGCGUAAAGAGGAGGAAGAGGCCAAGAGGAAACAGGUGGGAUGGAUGGAUGGAUGGGUGGGAAGGUUGACACGCACACACACACACACACACACAGA